AUGACCUCACUCACAUACCUGGUGGUUGAUAGGUUGGCAGCAGGAGCUAAUAACUUCAGCAACUCAGAUUCAGUUAAUGGAUGGAGCAAUAAGUCAGUGGUUACUGAAUUCAUUCUGUUGGGCCUGUCUAGCUCUCGGGAACUCCAGCUGUUCCUUUUCUUUAUCUUCUCUGCUUUUUAUGGUGCUGCGGUGUUGGGAAACAUCCUUAUCAUCCUUACGGUGAUUACAGACUCUCGACUGCAUUCUCCAAUGUACUUUCUUCUUAGCAAUCUCUCCUUCAUCGAUGUGUGUCAGGCUACAUUUGCCACUCCCAAGAUGAUUGCAGACUUCCUCAAUGAACACAAGACCAUCACCUUCCAGGGAUGCAUGUCACAAAUCUUUUUCUUGCAUGUUUUUGGGGGCAGCGAGAUGGUGCUUCUUGUUGCCAUGGCCUAUGACAGAUACAUUGCUAUAUGCAAACCUCUGCAUUACAUGACCAUCAUGAGCCGAAGAGUGUGCACCAUCCUGGUGGGGGUCUCCUGGGCCACUGGCAUCCUGCACUCAGCCAGCCACCUGGCAUUCACUGUUGAUCUUCCUUUCUGUGGACCCAACCAGGUAGACAAUUUCUUUUGUGACCUCCCCCUCGUGAUCAAGCUUGCCUGCUUAGACACCUAUAUUUUAGAGAUCCUGGUGCUCACAAAUAGUGGCCUGCUCUCACUUAUCUGUUUUCUCCUUUUGCUCAUUUCUUAUACUAUCAUCCUCGCUACUGUCCAUCGCCGAGCCUCUGGUGGGGCCUCCAAGGCACUUUCCACUCUGUCUGCCCACAUCACUGUUGUGGUUCUGUUCUUCGGCCCAUUAAUCUUUAUCUAUAUUUGGCCCUUUGAGAGCUUCCCAAUUGAUAAAUUUCUCUCUGUGUUUUUUACUGUCUUCACUCCUCUGCUUAACCCUAUGAUUUACACGUUGAAGAAUAAAGAUGUGAAGGAAGCCAUGAAGAAGCUGAGGAACCGACAUGUAGGUUCCAAGCAAGUUCUUUAG